ACAUUCCACCUUCUACUACUUGCCUUGUGACGUCUGCUCCCCUUGAUCCUCUCUCACACCAUUCUGGUCGCUGCAUGUCAAGCGCUCUCUGCAUCGCAUUCAGUCGAGUCAGCAGCCGAGUCAACCGUACCUCCAUCAACCAGCUCACGCAUCACCACUUGAUCAACACCCGGACCAACUACUCCUCCCGGACUUUCGUUACCGCAACUCGCCCCCACUUUGCAUCGCACAACAAACGCCCUCGAAUCCCCUUUCCCAAAAUGUCUGCCAUCUCUGAAUCUGAUAUCCUCGCGCGUCUGGACAAUCUCAAGAUCACUCACGAGCCCGUUGUCGAGCAUGAACACUGCCCCGGUGCCGCCGAGUGGGACGUCGUCCUCAAGGGCAAGACCGAGUGGAACGGCAAGAGCUUUUCGCUCAGCAAGACCCUGCUCUUCAAGCCCAAGCAGCCCAAGAGCGCUGCGCCUACCCCGGUCAUGGUGAUCGCCAAGGACACCACCGAGACCUCGUCCGCUGCCAUUGGAAAGCUCUUGAACAUGAAGGACCUCAGAUUGGCGCAAGAGGAACUCGUCAAGGAGGUCUUGCCCGGUUGCCAGGGCAAGGGAGGACUUUCUCCUUUCCUGCUCCCCGGUCCCAUCCCCUCGACCCUCCACAUCCUGGUCGACAGCUCCAUCUCAUCCUCCUCCGACCUCGUCGCAUUCCACACCAACUCGUGGAACCGAACCUUCCUCAUCCCCGGAACCUCUGUCAUCCCUUACCUCCAGUCCAUCCAGUCCCCUGAAUCUGCCGAAGACCCCAACGCGCUCAAGAACGUCCAGAUCCGUGAGGUCGACUUUGCGAGCAUGAAGAAGGACGAGGUGGCCGAGCGGGGUAACGCGGCUCCGGUCGCUUCGGCGCCCAAGAUCGAGAAGAAGAAGAAUGACGGCAAGAAGGAGGAUGCGUACGAGAUGGCCGUCGCUUAUACCAAGGAGGGAGACUUUUCCGGUUGGUAUUCGGAUGUCUUGGUCAAGGGUGACAUGCUGGACUACUACGACGUUUCGGGUUGUUACAUUCUGAAGCCCUGGUCAUACACCGUAUGGCAGCAUAUCCAGAACUGGUUCGAUGCCGAGAUCAAGAAGAUCGGUGUCGAGGACUGCUACUUCCCCAUGUUCGUCUCAUCCGCUCGACUGGAAAAGGAAAAGGACCACAUCGAGGGUUUCGCUCCCGAGGUCGCUUGGGUGACCAAGGCCGGUCAAAAGGAUCUCGAAGAGCCGAUCGCCAUCAGGCCUACUUCCGAAACCGUCAUGUACCCUUACUACGCCAAGUGGAUCAGGAGUUACAGGGAUUUGCCCCUGAAGCUGAACCAAUGGAACAGUGUCGUUCGAUGGGAGUUCAAGAACCCUCAACCCUUCCUGCGAACCCGUGAAUUCCUGUGGCAAGAGGGACACACCGCAUUUUUGACCCAAAAGGAGGCUGGCGAAGAGGUCUUGACUAUUCUCGACCUGUACCGACGAGUAUACGAGGAGCUCUUGGCCGUUCCCGUUAUUCCCGGUGUCAAGUCUGAGAAGGAAAAGUUUGCCGGUGGUCUGUACACCACGACUGUCGAGGGUUACAUUCCUACCACCGGUCGAGGCAUCCAGGGUGGAACUUCGCACUGUCUCGGACAAAACUUCUCGAAAAUGUUCGACAUCACUGUUCAGGACCCCAACGGGAGCGGCGACAAGAUACACGUAUGGCAAAACUCGUGGGGUCUCUCGACCCGAACGAUCGGUGUCAUGGUCAUGAUUCACGGAGACGACCAGGGUCUGGUAAUGCCUCCUCGAGUAUCGUCCAUUCAGGUCGUCAUCGUCCCCGUCGGUCUCAGUGCCAAGCAGACGGACGAGGAGAAGAACACGAUCUAUGACGCGUGCAAGAAGAUGGAGGGCGAAUUGUUGAGCAUCGGAGUCAGGGCCAAGGCGGACCUGCGAGAUGGAUACACUCCCGGGUGGAAGUUCAACGACUGGGAACUGCGAGGUGUGCCCAUCCGACUCGAGAUCGGACCCCGAGACAUGGCCGCCAAAGAGGUCAAGGCGAUCCGACGUGUGGACGGCCACAAGUUCCAGAUCGCCAAUGACGACAUCAAGACGACAAUCCCCGCUACCUUGGAAGAGAUUCAUCACUUGAUGUUCAACAAGGCCAAGAAGGCUUACGACGACCACAUAGUCAAGGUCGACAACUUUGACGAUGUCGUUCCCAACUUAGACGCCAAGAACGUCUUGAUCUUGCCUUGGUGCGAAGCCGAGGCUUGUGAGGAUGACAUCAAGGACAGGAGUGCUGCCAUCUCGAACCAGAACCAGGCGGUUGACGACAAGGCUCCUUCGGCGGGUGCCAAGUCACUCUGUAUCCCCCACGACCAGGCUAGGUUCGGAGAUUUGCCCGAGGGUCAAAAGUGUGUCGGUUGUGGCCAGCCCGCCAAGAGGUGGACCAUGUUCGGAAGGAGUUACUAGGCGGUCUCUGUCGAGGGCGAUCACGAUUUUACGUCUGUCACUUGCGCUGCCUGAAGAAAGAUGUCUUGUAGUACUGGCAAGAGGGUUCACAUCAUGCAUCUAACUAGCCUACGCGACUUUCCAUUCCAACCAUGAGUCCGUCAAGGGUUGUAUCUAUUUUCACCGAGACGCAUGGAUGGGUGGUGGUGCCUGACCCGAGAGGCUUUCCCAUCUCGCGUGCGUCUCGUUAUCUCGCUCGCUCGGGGAUCGAAUCAGCCGCCGCGGUAAUCGAUCCAUCACGUAUCACCCUCCGCAUUAUUACAUUCUCUCG